AUGAGGCUCGUAGCAGCUCUUUUCUUCACUUCUUUAUGUAUAGAGACUCCUUGCGCUGCAUUUCUGAACCCCCUUCAACAUGCCAGCAGAGGUCGCUUUGAACAAGCUCUUGCUUCGGUGAAACCGGAUGCUGGGGUUACGUCAUCCUCCGAUGCUCAAGGCCUUCCUUUUUGGUGGGAGGCAGUUUGGGACUUGGAUAUGAUGAAAGCAGGAAAUCCCGGUGAAAAGGUGAAGUUUUCGGAUAUCGCUAGAGUUUUCAAGUCCAACAUCGAGCAAAUAUACGGUGGUUAUGCAAGCCUUGACGGGUGUCCAUUGGCAGAAGGGGAACUUACCGAUAUUGCAGACGGCACGAUGUUUGUGGGCUUGCAACAGUACAUGAGGGAUUACGGCUCUCCGUACAAGCUCUGUUUCGGUCCGAAAUCAUUCUUGGUAAUUUCUGAUCCCGUGCAAGCGCGACACAUGCUUCGGGACGCAAAUGCAAACUAUGACAAGGGUGUCCUUGCAGAGAUUCUGGAACCAAUCAUGGGCAAAGGCCUGAUUCCUGCUGAUCCAGAAACAUGGAGCGUUCGCCGCCGCCAGAUUGUUCCUGCAUUUCACAAAGCUUGGCUAAAAUACAUGGUUGGUCUUUUUGGUUUUUGCAAUCAACCCCUUAUUGAAUCUUUGGAUAAAUUGGUGAAAAAAGGCGGAAAGGUAGAAAUGGAAGAAAAGUUUUGCUCUGUUGCCUUGGACAUUAUUGGAAAAUCUGUUUUUAAUUACGAAUUUGGGUCGGUGACUGAUGAGUCACCAGUGGUAAGAGCAGUCUAUUCAGCACUUGUCGAGGCAGAGCAUAGAUCAAUGACACCGGCACCAUAUUGGGAUCUACCGUUUGCCAAUCAAUUGGUCCCAAGGCUGCGAAAAUUCAACGCCGAUUUGAAGAUUCUGAACGAUGUACUAGACAACUUGAUCUCCCGUGCCAAGCAAACUAGAUCUGUGGAAGAUAUCGAAGAAUUGGAAAAGAGGAACUACGCUGAGGUCGAUGAUCCAUCAAUGCUUCGGUUUCUAGUCGAUAUGCGUGGUGCUGAUAUCGAUAAUAAGCAAUUAAGAGACGAUUUGAUGACGAUGUUGGUGGCUGGUCAUGAAACUACUGCGGCAGUUUUGACUUGGGCGUUGUUCGAGCUGACAAAAAAUCCUGCUUGUAUGGAUAAGGUGCGCGAGGAGAUUGACAGGGUCGUCGGGGAUCGAGAGCCGACUUAUGAUGAUAUAAUGGAAAUGAAAUAUCUCAGACUAGUCGUUGCAGAGACACUUCGUCUGUAUCCACAACCUCCGCUUCUGAUAAGGAGAUGUCGAACGGAAGACAAUCUUCCCAACGGAGGAGGUCGCGAGGCAACUGUCAUCCGAGGAAUGGACAUAUUUUUGGCAUUGUACAAUAUUCACAGAGACGAGAGAUUCUGGCCCAACCCUGAUGAAUUCGAUCCCAUGAGAUUUACCAGACCCUAUCAAAACCCCGACGUCCCAGAAUGGGGCGGUUUCGACCCCAAGAAAUGGGAGAACAAGCUCUGCCCGACAGAGAUCGCCUCCGAUUUUGCGUACCUACCAUUUGGGGGAGGGCAAAGAAAGUGUAUAGGUGACGAGUUUGCAGUUUUGGAAGCAGUUGUCACACUCUCUAUGGUACUCCGUCGUUUUGAAUUUGCUUUCGAUGAGUCGAAGAUGACAAAUGUGGACAUUGCGGACCAUCCAAUGAAUCUUGAACAUCCAGUUGGUAUGCGCACCGGAGCAACAAUUCACACAAGAAGAGGACUGAACAUGGUUGUGAAGAGAAGAGAAAUUUGA